AAAGGGAAAGAAAGGGAGAUGGAGGAGGAGAAGGAGGAGGAGAGAGUGAGAGUGAGAGAGAGAGAGAGGGUGACCAAACGGAGGGAGGAGGGAGGGGGAAACGGCGUAUGCUUGUAUACAACCCUGAUUUCCAUUUUUUUCCCAACUCGUAAUGUAUUUAAUUCAAGUGAAACGUAAUCAUGACGUGUCGUGUCAUUAAUCUCCUCGCCGCCUCUCCCGAAAUUAAAGGAGGAGGCUGCCACAGAAGAGAAACCCCCAUCAGCCGAGACCAUAAAGAAUGGCAUAAGAUCGCACACACUGCUGAGGAUGGAUUCUCCACCGGAGUGUGUGUUGUCUCUCUCUUGUGAGCAACCCCAGUCCCCCCCGACGCUACCGUCCCUGGACCACAGCCCUCAGGCGCUGUCCCCUCACAGCCAGCUCUCUCUGCCCGACAGCCCCGUUCUCCUGCCCGUCCACAGCCCCGGACCCUCUCCCCUGAGCCCGGACACCACGCCUUACUUCCCCCUCUCCCCCUUCCCCCUCCACGAGGAGGACGACCACCACGACGUGGACGAAGAGGAUGACGAGGACGGGCUGGAUGCAGUUCCUCUGUCCCCGACCCCAGCGGUGGCUCUGUUCCCUGGAGGAGGGGGACAAGGAGCUGGGUGCAGCCCCUGUUUGGAUACCUCCCCGCCGGUGACGCCAUCAGCACCACUCCUUGGAUUCGAGACCCUGGAGCUCGCCCUCUCCUCUGGGCCGAGUGGGACCUGCAACGACGAGCUGGACCUCCAGCUGUUCCAGAAAGACACUGUUACCAGGGCAGUACCUGGAGGGGGAGGGGCCUCAUCAGGGCCUGCACUCAAGUUUCCCUGUCACGUCUGCGGGAAGAGAUUCCGAUUCCAAAGUAUUUUGUCUCUUCACGCCCGAGCUCACAGUCUGGACCGGGACCGCCGAGCUUCAGCCCUCUACCGGGGCGGCCUCCCCUCAGCGCCCCUGAAGCAGCAGCUCAAGGUCCAACAGAAUCACAAAGACAUAAUCCAGAAUCACAGGAGUCACACAAACCAGCGUUCACUGCCAGGGACGCUCAUCCAGCAUCUGAUAGAGGAAGAGCACGAGGUCAAGGGUCUCGAUGACGGCCUUCAGACAGACCACAACCCAAACUUUCUACUGGAUGACAGCACACCGUUGACCCCUCCACUUACAGAGGACCCUGUCUCUGUGACCUCUCCCUAUUAUUCCACCACUGGGGAGGGGGCAUCUGCCUCCACGGCGUCUACGUUUCGCUGCCAUGCCUGCAAAGGAAAAUUCCGCACAGCUUCAGAGUUGGCACGACAUGUCCGCAUUCUCCACAACCCGUAUAAAUGCACCCUUUGUCCCUUCUCUGCCAGCCAAGAGGAGAGCCUGGCAUCUCACUUGCAGGAGUGCCACCCUUCUCCAGAGGUUCCAUCUCCGCCACCGGCCUUCAACUCCAGGCCCAUUAUUGCAACCCCUGACACUCCUGUGCCCACCCCGACCCAUACCCCAGCCCCGACCCCGAACACCCCACAGGCGACCACAGCUGCUGCAGCGGCAGCGUCCCCCACACUGCCAGCGUUUCGCUGUGAGGUUUGCGGACAGCGGUUUACCCAGUCAUGGUUCCUCAAGGGACAUAUGCGAAAGCACAAAGACUCCCUGGACCAUAAGUGCCAGGUAUGUGGCCGUGGCUUCAAGGAGCCUUGGUUCCUCAAAAACCACAUGAAGGUUCAUCUCAACAAGCUUGGACUGAAAGCUGGGCUGGGGACUCUUGGGGGGCCGGGAGCUGCCAAUCAGCAGGCCAAAGGCUCCGCAACUAACCACUCUCUCAACGCCCUCUACUCAAGCCUCCUUCUGGCACAGCGAGGAGGUGGCAGAGGUGGAAGGUCAGACAGGAACGCUGGAGGCAGACUAGGGAUGGGAUCAAGCAAGUCAGCCAUCCUAGGAUACCUGGGGCUGCCCAGUGACGGUAGUGGGGCCAGCUGCAUGGAGAGACUUCAAGCAGUGGCUCAGGUGGCAGAGAUGGGCAAUGGUGGUGGUGGGAUUGGCGGCCCAGGAGGUGGAGACCUGGGAAGAGCCGCUAGAGCCAUGGGUGACGCUACAGCAUUGGUAUCUGAAGGAGAACAGGCAACUUGGUGGCAGCUGGUAGCUCGCAGCCUUGCAGUCGCUCAGCAGCAGCAGCAGCAGCAGCAGCAACAGCAACAACAACAGCAACAACAGCAGCAACAGCAACAACAGCAGCAACAGCAGCAACAGCAGCAGCAGCAGCAGCAGCAGCAGCAGAGGUCCCACCAGCAAGGCCAGCAGCAGGGCCAGCGAGGAGCUGGUCGGAGCUCUGUGAUCACAGAGGCUGACCAAGUCAGAGCCUACCUUGGAGGCCUAGAUCCAAGAGAAGACUCAGGAGCAGGAGGGCCAUGGGAGUGCCCCGACUGCGGGAAGCUGUUCCGCAGCCUGCAGCAGGUGGUGGUCCACGCUCGCGUUCACACUCAGAGGCCCCCGAAAGGAGGCGGGGGCGGCGGCGAGGCGGAGGGAGGUGGUAGUCGUCGCGGAGCGGGACCUGGACGAGCAGGCGGCGGCGAAGCGAGGCAGGAAUCUCAGCUUCACGGCGGCGGAUCCCAACAAGCGGGAGAAGUGAGACAGGAAUCCAAACUGCACAGCGGUGGAUCACAACAAGCGGGAGCGGCUACGGGGUUUCACUCUCUCAUCUCAACCUUCAAAGAAGAAAAUGGCUUGACAGCAGUCUCCUCCAUACCUUCAGUUCCCAUCAGGGAGCGAGUGCGUGGUAGAGGAAUAAAAGACUGCCCCUACUGUGGGAAAGCCUUCCGCUCCUCACACCACCUUAAAGUGCACCUGAGAGUUCACACAGGUGAGAGACCCUACAAAUGUCCCCACUGUGACUAUGCUGGAACCCAGUCCGGUUCCCUGAAGUACCACCUGCAGCGGCACCACCGGGAGCAGCGCAACGCCUUGUCCGCCUCGUCCAACUCCUCCUCCGCCGGCCUCACCUCCACAAUCAACAGUCUGACCUCUGGAACCUCUGGACUGGCCAAGCAGCGCCGCUCCCAAACCAACCACUGCCCCAUCAACCGAGGCCCGACAGACCCCCCCGCCUCUCGUCUGGGCCAACAGUCCUGGCUUCUGGGGCUUCCGGACCAGCGAGAGAACCGCAAGGCCUUGGCGGCUUUGAGGGACGUGGACUUGGAGACCCAGUACAGGUAUCUGUCUGGGGUGAUGGGAGCUCUUUACCAAGGUGGAAUGGAAGGAAGCUGGAUUAGAGAGUCUCCCCCACCAAAGGCCCCUAAAGUGUCCCGGCGUAAGCCCCUCACCACGAGCCGGAUGGUCCAGCCUUCCAGUGACAAGGAAAGCCCUGCGUCUUCAACUCAGGAGGGCGGGUUUGAACCUCUGGAUCUGUCCCGUCGUCCCUCACCAGGGUUCGGGGGGAUGGAGGAUGAUGUGGUCUUGAGUGUGGGGGAAGGAGGGGUUGUCGAUGGCGGUGAUAACUCAUCAGGCGUCAAACUGAGUCAGUGUUUGUUCUGCCCAUUCCGUACGUCCUCAGCAGAGCUCAUGGCCAUGCAUCUCCAGGUCAACCACACCAGUAAGUCUCGGCGUAAAAGAGGCUCUUCAGCUACCUUAGACUACGGCGGAGCCUCGAAGUCCACCAAGCUCGGGUCGGACUUCUCCGACCUCGAUUCCUUGGGGAUAUGGAGGCCUGAAGGUGAGGCCCCCCUGGGGGAGUGGUCCUCAACCCAGACCCUCAACGGGCUCUCAGGGGAUCAAGCAGGACAUGGGGGUCAUGUUCUGGACUACCCGGACUCCAAACUGGCCUCGGUAUCCAAGAAUGUAAGGGGCGGUCUGGGGCUGAGGGAGAAGCUGGAGGAGGAGGAUGACGAGCAAGAGGAGGAACUGGAGGAUAACCUGGAGAACAGCAGUGGAGAGGACUCGCAGGACCAGGAUCUGAGGAUGUCCCUCGCUCUGUCUCCAGCCCUGAGCUCCAUCCACAUGGUGGAAGACGAGGAAAGAGUCUGAGAUGACUUACAGGGCGUCUGACGACUCAACUCGGAUGGAGGUUUGGGUUUUUGAAGAGCAUGGGAAGCAUCGCAGAGAGAAAUGGUUUUAAGGUUAAAUGAAGAAUUGCCCCUUUACACUUUCAUUUCCAGAGAGACUCGAGGAAUCUGGUGUUUUGGAGGUUUUCGAAACAGAUGAGAGGGAAACAUCACAGCUGUUAAGUUCCCUCUCCUCAGUUUCGAACGUGUGGUUUACCUCAGUACAACAAACGUCCUGUUGAAAUAUCACAGACGCAUCUUCACAGGAUCUUUAGGCCACUUGUUGUUUUGUUUUUGAGCUUCACUCUAAGACGGAGGAUUCUACGAUGAUCUCCUCUUUGAGAAAUAAGUAAAUCUCGGGGCAGCGCUUGCAUCAUUCCAGAGUGAAUUGAGAUGCAUUUCUUUCACAAUUGUAACGGACUGUAAAUCCCACUUCACCAUACUGACCCGGUUGGAGCUGACUGAAGAGACGCUCUCCUGACUCUGACCACUGAACAGUUUGAAGUUCCUCCUCCACCCACACGGAGGAACCUGUAGUCCGGACGAGUUUCAAGCUGUGACCAUCAGCGAAGCUACUUGGUUUUAAGUUAAGGCGUGAGGUGUUGCAGGCCGUGUGUUUUCUCUGUGUUUCACUGCCUUGUGUGUCUGAAAAGUGUUUCUAGAUGAUUGUCCUAAAAGAAAAACCGCAAGAAAGCAUUUGUAAUUUUGUUUAUUUUUCAGUUAGUGCCUGUUCGCGUACUGUAUGUUAUUGAGAGAGUCUCCGGUGUCGCUGAGGCUCCGAUAGGUUCAUUCAUUUUAUCUGAAUAUACAGUUUAAAACGAUUUAAGUACAGUAUAUUUGUUAAAAGUGGUUCUAGGUCGUUGUGAAUAGUUAAGUUGUAAAAGAAACGCGACGGCGGCUGUUAGCGGCUCGGCUGGAAAAGAAAAGACAAAAAAAGAGUUGGUGAUAUAUACACAAUGUUUAAUGAAAGACGUCAACGCCUCGGCGGUGAAAAGGGGUCACGGUUCAAAUCUCAGUGUUUACAAUGAUGUGGGUCGGGGGUCGCAAACCACAGAGCCGGAGUCUGACGGGGCUCGAACCCACGAACACAAUCAGCCGACACGAGACUGCGACUCAGCGUGUCCAGAAAACAACGCCACGUUCUUCUCCUCCGUAGGAGAGAAGACAGGAGGUAGAGACAGAAAAAGAAAAGAAACACCUUCUACUCUCUGGUGUCGUUUAGACGAGUAGAUCCCCGCUCUUCUUUUAUAAGAAAAGAAAAGACAAUGGUAGGAGUAAAUAUUAAAACACUAACAAAUGCAUAGACAUCCCAGUAGAAUAUGUGUAGCUUUUGUAAAGACCAGAAGAAAAAAAAAAAAGACGAGACUUGUGUUUAUUUUCAUUUCCAGAUUCUUACAGAAAAAGGUUAUCAAUAUAGGUAAUAUUGAUUAUAAUGUUCGUGAGCUAAGACUAGUUGGAAUGUCUAUACAGAGCACUGUGCAAGGUUUGAGUUCCCAAAGUAGUUGUUUUUUAUUUUUGAAGUUAUGGAUAUAGACCAAACAUCUUUUCUUUCCAAUGGAAGUCGUCACUUUCUGUUUUUAAAACGUGUGAAGUUGUGGUUUGGUGAGAUUUACCCCAUCGAUCAGGGAGAAGAGGCCGUGAGUCAAACUUCCACCCGGUCGUUAAAUAAAGUUCAAUAUCAACUCAUCAACACUACGAUGGAGCACUGGGGCCAAACUGGAGAAAGAUGAUUGAGAUUAUGAGAAUAAGGUUUAUUUGAAUAAGAAGCUCGACAUUCCUCAUUUUAACGCAGGGGACAAGUGAUCUUAUCUUAUUCUCCCUCUAUAUGACAUGUAGCCUAAAAUAACCACUUUACUCUCUUAAGUGUCAUAACAUUCUGACUUUAUCCUCGUUAUAUGAUUUUAUUCUCAUAAUACCACCCAUGUAUUCUCGUAACAUUAUCUUAUUCUCGUGAUAUCACAACUUGACUCUUAGAAUCUCAGAUUCUUCUCUCCCUGGCCCUGAUCCUCUGUUCUGCUGUCAUGAAGGUAUAUUUAUGAAAAAUGAUGAAUGUCAGGUGGAGGUUCUCCAGGUGAACAGCUGUUAUUUAUCUACCUGUCGAUGGGGUAUCCUCUGACUGCAGCCACACCUUGAUGUGCAUUAAUGUGUGUACGUUGGUUUUUAGAGCACCUUAUGAGUUUUGUAGUGAAAGUCCCUUAGUGGUGUCUCCUUAACAACUACUGUCAAUGCCACCGUGCCUUCUGUUUCAAGCACUUCCUGGUGUAUUUUGUAAAACUCACCAAAAGCACUUAGCCCAUCUCGACACUCUCUCUCUCCCUCUCUUUCCCUCUAUCCUUCCACUCCUCCUCCUCAUCACCUCUUCUACUCCAUCCUCCUCUUCCUCCCGACCCCUCCUGGUGUUCUCAUGUCUCUCUCGUCCUGGUCAAGGUCACGAGGCCUUCAGUUCAAACUGCCGUGGAGAGACUCUUGACAGACAGGACCACCUGACCUCUAGAGGAGUCAACACAUCAUGUAGUCGUAGGGUUUCACUCCUGUUGAACACUAACCCUCGGUAAACCAAAGCCCAAAGUCUAAGACUAAUUUAAUCUUGUGAGCUGCCAAAAUAUGUCCGAGUGACACUAAAGUUGAGAAAACACAAUAAUUCACUGAUCCUCUGUCAUUUCUUCUCUCCCCCCCGCCCACCCUCUCUCUCUCCUCCUCUCGCUCUCUCGCUUGCUCUUCCUCCAUGUCCCUCUCUCGUCCGUUUCCUGUCUCUCUCUCUAGCACCACUCGAAGGUGACGCGUACUAUCUGGUAUUGAGGCCUUUAUUAGAUUUUUAUUUCAGUUUGUGUGGUGUUUGUUCGAUGCCGUUGAGAUGGAAAAAUGCUCUUCUUAUGAUGAUGAUAUUAUUAUUAUGGUUUUGGCAUUAUGGUUAAAAAAGAAAAGAAGAUAAAAAAACAAGAGACAUGUGUUGUUGAAUGUUGUACAGAUAGAAAUAGAGAUGUUGUGUUUUUUUUAAAGAGAGCACAAACCCGAGUGAUGGUCCCUUCUCCUCCUCCCAUUGGCAGAUGGGAAUAAAAUAAAAUGCCGAUCGUUCUAAAUGUCUAAGGACAAAAAAACUCUCUCAGUGAUGGCCGGAUUUUUAAAUCAUAUGUUUCUUAUCAUAAAGCAUUUCUCUCUGGAGACUUGAAUGUAAUUAUUUGACUCGGAAAUCCAGAAACCAAAUUUGAAGAAGAGAUAACAAUCCUGUGUGAGACUGAAGCAGCACUUGACUGAAAGUUAAGUUGAAUUAAAGUUUCUGUGAGUUGAACUCUGAGUUGAACUAAUUUGAACUCACAAAUAUCUAUAAAAUCAACAGAAGCUUCUGUUAAAUCUGCUGAAAUAGACUUUUGCACAUUUCUUUAGCCGAGCGCGAUGCGGCGCCCUUAUGAUAAUCCAGAUGUUUUGAAUAUUGCACCUUUUCCCCUGAUUCUAAAUCAGGUCUUUUUAACCAAAAGGAUACGAUUAUUAUUUAACGUGUGUAUCGGACGAGUAUUUAUCGGUGAGGAUCCUGGUGAAAAUCCCUGUGAGCUGGGGGGGCCACGCCGGGUUUGGGCUCUUGUGUAGUUGACUGCCAUUGCAGUGAGGGAAAAACUGAUCUAACAUAGUAGUGACUAAUAUGACUUUGUGGACAGAUUAAAAAAAAGAAAUAAAAAUGAAACACAUUAGAAAUAAAUAAACACAAACAAAAAUAA